UAGCUGUAGUGGGCCCGGGCGUCCGGUCGGAGUCGUCGUCCCGAGCCCAUGGGCCCCGGGAGGACAGGAGCCUGACCGUCCGCGCCCUGCCAGCCCCAGGGCGCGGACGGAUCUGCCGGCCUCGCGGGCCUCCGUGCGUGCCGCGGCAGGGCACCAGCUCCCGGCGUGCCCAAGAGUGACCGGUAACGCGUGGGGAUGGCCACCGGGUUACGGACCGCUUCGUGUUGGGGAUUAUUGUCAUUCAAGGAUAUAUCUAUGGAGUUCACCUGGGAGGAAUGGCAGCUCCUGGAUUCCACGCAGAAGUACCUGUACCGGGACGUGAUACUGGAAAACUACAGCAACUUGGUCUCAGUGGGGUACCAUGGUACCAAACCUGAUUUAAUUUUCAAGCUGGAGCAAGGACAAGAGCCUUGGACAAGUGCCAAGAUUUCCGGUCAGCGUUGUCCAGGAGUCUGGGAGGAAUGGUACCAGAAAAAUCAAGAUGAGCUUGAAAAUGUUGAGAGAAGCUUUGCUUGUAAUAUGUUUGGAAAACAUCUAACCAAAACGUGUGAUUUUUCAAAACAAAGACUCUGUAACACACAUGGGAAAAACUUGAUACAAAAUUCAGGUUCAAGCAUAAGUUAUGGGAGAAAGAACCUUGACAGGUUUCAUGGCUAUGAGGAAUCAUACUUCCUUAAGCCCAAAAGGGGUCACAGCCUAGGAAAAAACUGUGUGUGUAGUGAAUGUGGGAAAGCUUUUCGUUGUAAAUCACAACUCAUUGUACAUCUCAGAAUCCACACAGGAGAGAGACCUUAUGAGUGCACUAAAUGUGAAAGAGCCUUCAGUGCCAAGUCAAACCUCAAUGCUCAUCAGAGAGUUCACACGGGAGAAAAGCCCUAUUCGUGCGUUGAGUGUGGGAAAGUCUUCUCCUUCAGGUCACAGCUUAUUGUCCAUCAGGAAGUUCAUACAGGAGGAAAACCUUACAGUUGCAGUGAAUGUGGGAAAGCGUACAGUUGGAAAUCACAGCUUAUUUUACAUCAAAGAAGUCACACUGGGGUAAAACCCUAUGAAUGUGGUGAGUGUGGGAAGGCCUUCAGUUUGAAGUCCCCGUUCAUUGUACAUCAGAGAACUCACACAGGAGUGAAACCCCAUAGAUGCAGUGAGUGUGGGAAAGCCUUUCGGAGUAGAUCAUACCUCCUUGUUCACAUCCGAAUGCACACAGGAGAGAAGCCCUAUCAAUGCAGUGACUGUGGAAAAGCUUUCAACAUGAAGACCCAACUUGUUGUUCAUCAGGGUGUCCACACAGGAAAGAACCCUCACCAGUGCACCGAGUGUGGGAAGGCCUUUGGUAGGAAGGAACAGCUCACUGCCCACCUGAGAGCUCAUGCGGGAGAGAAGCCCUAUGGAUGUGGUGAGUGUGGGAAGGCCUUCAGCAGCAAGUCCUAUCUUGUCAUACACAGAAGGACACACACGGGAGAGAGACCCUAUGAAUGUGAUGUGUGUGAGAGAGCCUUCUGUGGGAAAUCACAGCUAAUUAUCCAUCAGCGAACCCAUUCUACUGAGAAACCCUAUGAAUGUAGUGAGUGUGAGAAAGCCUAUCCCCGGAAGGCAUCACUUCAGAUACACCAGAAAACCCACUCAGGAGAGAAGCCUUUCAAGUGCGGAGAAUGUGGGAAAGCGUUCACUCAGAAGUCAUCCUUGAGCGAGCAUCAGAGAGUUCACACAGGAGAAAAACCCUGGAAAUGCUCUGACUGUGGCAAGUCGUUUUGUUGGAACUCAGGACUUCGCAUUCAUCGGAAAACUCAUAAGUGAAAAGUCCAAAUUAGUGAGUGUUAGAAGCUGGUCUCAGGAUAUUUCAGGCCAUACCAGGAUUUCUGGACAUUUACUGAGCAAAUCACGUAAGACUGGUCAUAUUUGGAAUGUACACACCUUUGUGGGGAAGACAGUAUUUGAAGAAAUGAGGGACAAUAACUGUACCAAGUACAGUUGUAUCGUGAUAAUUUGGAGAAUUCAUGCUGAAGACACCUAACAUGUUAAGUAAAUUAGGAAAGCAUUUCCCUAUAGCAAGUAUGUAAUGUGGAAAGUCACAUUUCAGAUUUGAAGCUGUUUUUAUAAAAUAAAUUUUAGUGACAAAGAAGACUCAUGGUGGAGUAUAAGAUUGUUUUCUGUUUUGUUUUAUAAUAAGUAACAGUUGUCAAGAAAACCAUAAGGAAUGUACAAGAGCCUUCAAAAAAAAAAGUACAUGGAAGCAGAGUUUUUAAAUUCCCCUUUCCAUUAACUUUUUGAAGCCCUAAUAUUUUAAAAGUGAAAGGAUGUUUAGGCUUUCCUGGGUUAACACUAAGUAGCAUUUUUGGAAUGUUGAUGUUUUAUUCUUAAAUAUGAUUUGUUACUGUAUAUAUUUGAUAGUUUGUGGUGUAACAUCUCCCAGUAUUCUUACUAUAUGCUAAAUACAUGCAUUAUCUCCAUUUUCCAGCAAUAUCACUAAAAUCAUGUGACUUACAG